AUGCGUGCCGCAGUGACGCCGACGCGUCUCAACGACUCGCGUCUUCAGCCGCUCUCGGUUCGAGUCCGGCAUCCGCGCCUCUUCGACCUGCUAACCCGGUUCGCACCGGCCUCCGUCGCCGUCGACCGCUACGUCACGCCCAGUUGGCUGCCGCUCGGUCUGCUUGGCAACGCCGUCCUCCUCGCCCUUCUCGCCUCCCUCUUGCCCCGCCACGUUUCGCUCUUUCGCCUCUUCCGUCGCCGACGCGAUUCGACCAUCUUGCUCGACCCCGACUCGAGCCAAUCCGACGUCGACGUUGACGUUGACGUUGACGUCGACGCUGAGACCGGACUCUCACCGACGCCGUUUUCCAGUGCCUGGGCCGACCGACGGCGGUUGCAACAGCAACAGCAACAGCAACAGCAACAGCAACAGCGACGCCAACGGCGACGGCGACGGCAAGGGCGAGCGCGAGCGCAAUGCCGACGCCGACGCCGACAGUUGUUCGACCUGCCGCCCACCCUCUGGCCACUCUCGUCGGGACAGCACGUCUGUCUCGUCUGGCUGGCCGGACUGCAUCUCACCUUUUGUCUCUUCGUCAGUCUGGUCGACUUGGACACGGCCUGGGACACCGGUUGCCUGGCAACCAGCCAACUUGUCUGUCCUCUCGUGCGUGGCCUGCUUGCCGGUUUGCGGGUUGUCAUCGCCGGCCUGGCCGGCCUUCUUGGACUCGAGACGCUGGCCGGUUUGACGCCGGCUCGUGGCUCGCGGCCUCCGAAGCGACGUCUCUUCUGCCUCGUCGCCGUCGCCGUCGCCGUCUCUGGCCUCGCGGGACUCGGUCAACUCGUCUUUUGGCGCGUCGACUAUUACGAGACGGCCGAUCUGCUCGCCGUCGGCCUUCCCAGCUCGACGAUGCCAACGGCGACGGCGACGGCGACGGCGACGGCGACGUUGAUACAGUUGCGCGAGCAGGUGCGUCGGCAACAGGCUGGGCUUUGGGAGCCGAUCGCGCGCUGCGAGACGCCGUUGGGCGGCGGCUACCGCUUGGCGACCGGCCAGUCGACGUCCGGCGACCUCGCCUUUACAGACCAGACAGGCCGACUCGCCGUCGCCUACGCCGCCUACGCGUGGACGAUGGCUUUCGCCGUGGAGACGCUGCUCGUGUUGGUCAAUCUGGCCGCGGGCCUUCGCGUCCUCCAGCACCGACUCCUCACAGCCACCACCUCCCGGUCGUCCGAUUGGCUAAUGCCGACGCCAACGUCGACGCCAAUGUCGACGCCAAUGUCGACGCCGACCGAGAGGCCGCAAGGCUGGCACGAGGCUUAUCUGCCGGCUUGCAUCUGCCUGACGGACGGGCUGUGUCGUCUGCCGCACAGCCUCCUCGAACUGCUCUCGCCGCUGGCCAGACCAGGCCGCGACUCGACCACAGACGCGGAGGCAAGUUGCUUCGCUCGGUCGCAAAACUUUCUAGCAUGGACGUGUGUCGACCUCGUUGUCGCAACAUAG